CACUGUAAAUAUUUCAUUGAUUAUUUCCAAUUAGUUUUAGUGUGUUUUAAAGGAGGCACUGCGAUACUGAUUAUGCAAAGCUGAGCCUGAAGAAGAGCCUGAUGAUUAAGGUUGUUUGGUUUAUUGAGCUCAAAGAGAAGGAAAUACCCAAAUAUUUUAACUUAAGGCAGUUUAUAAAGAGAAAAUAGAGAGGCCUAUAUGAACAUGUAGAGGGUAUAAUGUCAGUUUAGUUGGAGAGAUACAAAAAGAUUAUAUGCAACAUGAAAUAAUGUAAUGCUAUUACACAUUAGGCUCAAGGAAAAUAAAUUUUUUGUUAAUAAAUUUUGUUUGUUAAUGGCAGACAUUGAAAUGCCUCAAUAAUGCAAGAGAGGAAACUAUUUGAGUAUUUUCUUUUAUAAGGAAUAUAAAUAGAAUUAACUUUGAAUAUAGCGCCAUCAUGCGGACAGUUUAAAAUUACAUCAUGUAGUAGCUAACAUGUAGAGUGCUUCUUUUUUAUUUUCUAAUGACUACAAAAUAAAAUUGUGUUUUACAGAACUACUAGUUGCAGUUUAAUUAACUGCUACAAUAUGUAAUAAUUAUGUAUGAUGCUAAUGAAUAUUCAUGAGGUAGGUGGGCCAUGAAUGUCACGUGAUUCUAUAUUGUUGUUAACUUGCAGGGAAGUUGUAGCGUCACUUCUGCAAGCACUUUUCCAAUGUGAGGUUACCGUUAUUUGAUCUCUACGUCCAAAGGUGGUCUACAUCCAAAAAGGCAUUGUGAAUGCAGAGAACAAACAUGUUCAAGUCUGCUUCCUCUCAGCUGCUGUUGUUGGAUCAGAAGUGUGCUAAAUGUCUGUUAGAGACGUACGUCAAGCGGAGCCUCAGUCUGAAUGAAGGAUGCAGGAAACAUCGGCGGAAACAACUCAACAGGGUGAGAAGGGAUGAACGAGAAAGCCAGGCCAGACGGGCAUCCAGUGACACCUCCACCCACCGCCUGUCCGUAGAGAAGCAUCUGAAGAUCAGCAAGUGCACUGAAUGCACAACAUCAGCAUCUGAUUUACGUUGUGAGAGCCCGAAAGGUCCAAGCAAGACCAAAAGGCGUUCUCUCGUCAGAGGCUUUCUCAACCUCUUCUCUAAGAAGAAGUCUGACCUGAAGGUGAAUGGAGAAGGAGUUUCAGAAACAGAUUGUGGACAAUCUAUUAUAGAACGGGGGAUUGACCACACUAAGAGUUUGAGAAAAAAGCACUCUCUGAAAAAGAUCUUGUUCAGAAAUCAAAAGGUUGAGCAGAGAGAGUCAUUACAAACAGACUUCACUCCUGUUCCUGCCGAUGAGGAACAGCUUUCACAUGUGAGUGUGGGCUCCAGUAAUACAUACUUUGAGACGGUGUCAGAAGAAUUGGAGUUGAUUGUGAAGAAGAUUCAGUUUAGUCCGAAAGAUGAUCCUGCUCCACUGCCCUCUGCUGCUCGUGGAGAAGAUUUCAGCUCUGCAGGUGAUGACACUACAGAGAGGAUUAUCAGCUUGCUGAAACAUAUGGAGAUAUUAUUGAUCAAAAAAUCAGCAAGAACAAGAGUGUCCAAGACUUCCUCCAGAAACUGACGUACAGCUCAUUCCAGCAGCUGGCAGAUUACUACGUAGCCGAGAUCCCUAGUCCUCUUCCCGAGACCACAGACGCCUCCCCUGAGCUGGUCAAACUCGCCUUCACCCUGGACUUUACUGCCAAAGUGGCUGGACUGUGCAGCCAGACGGUCGGUCGAAUCAUGGGGUUUGGUUAUCAAUACCUCCAGGAUUCCUUCACACAAAUGUGUGCGGCCCAUAGACAGGUGCCUGAAGAUUUGGAAGAACAGAAUACCUGUGAUCCAGACUGACAGCGUAUUACUGUGAAGUAAAAAACGCCAAACAAUGCAAUAGGGUAAAUUCGGGAAAAACAAAACGAAAACUGUGAUAUAUGUGUAGCUGCUUUUGUGAACAAGCCAAAUGUAGUAGUAUGUAGUAGUAUUACAAGGACUGAACCUGAUGUUGAAGCUGUGAAUAAGAAAUGUUUCUUGAGUGCCAAAUCUCUGAAGGAUCAUGUGACACUGAAGACUGGAGUAAUGAUGCUGAAAAUUCAACUUGAAUUACAUUUUAAAAUAAAUUCACUGUUAUUUUAAAUCGUGAUAACAUUUAUUGUAAUAACAUUAAAUUGUAAUAACAUUCAAAUAAAUUAAGCUUUGGUGAGACUUCUUUCAAAAAUAUCCUAAUCUUACCGACCCCAACCUUUUGAACAGUUGUAUAUGUUAGAAAUAUUCUGCACUGUGACAUUUAAAUAGUUUAUCGGGACCUCAUGCUGCGUGUAACCUAAUUUCAGAACUGAUGUUUAUGGUAAACAACAUUACACUUGGGUAUAAAAUGUAAGAUAUGGAUCAACUGUCAUGUGAUUUUUAUUUGGCUAGAUCAGACUGAGCAUCUCUUUGGAUAUUAUGCAAUUUUUAAAAGGUAAUUCGUCAUGCGUUUUAAUUGAGGAGGUGGUGUCUAUGGAAGGACCAGUAGAUGUUUGUUCUGAAGGUGGUAGAUGACGUAUUGUACAACUGCAUGAUCAGGCUUAUGUCUUUAUUAAUGGUUGGCAUAAAAUAAUGGCAGUAUUUGUUUCUGGAUGUGAUUGUGUGGUGUCUGGAACUCCAUUAGCCACCCUUGACAUUUCAGUGCAUCCUGUAUAAACACAUACUGCAUUGAGCACCAUUGCUAAUCAAUCUCAAAUGAUUCAUGGAGUUUGGCCUUGAUGUAAGCAGGGUCCUGUGAUCUAACCACCUAAUCAUUAUAGUCAGCCGUGGCCCAUCACAGGUGUCCUAUAUUCUCUGAACUGAACUUAUUUAACACAAAUCAUCAUAAUUCUAAUUGAUGCUAGAUGAAAUAAUAAACAGUAAAAUUUAUAAUUUCCCAGGACAUGGGUCUUCACCCUUUUGAUGUCCAGGCAGCUGUAUAUUUUCAUGUUUAAAAACCUAUUAUAUUGUGUAAGAAAAAUAUUGUGAUAUUAAACAGUCAACAAAAUUAAA